CGAUUAAAUUUCGUGUUUCUGAUUUACGUGGAUUUUAAACGCAUGUGAAGAUAAUUAAAUAAAUUUGUAUUACUGAAAGAAACACUCUGGAACGUAAAAAAUGCCAGUCCUUGAAAGAGUGGUAAGGCCCACAUCGCACAAAGGAAAGAAGGCACUUUUAAGCAAGGAACCGCAGUUGAUAGAAACUGCGAAACAGACUUUAUGUAUAAAAGGUAGUACGAGCUCCAAACUUGCACACGACUGCAUGAAAGACUUUUAUGACCUCAAAAAACCUGAUGCACAGAUGAUGACGAAGAAAAAUGAAAUUCGUCCAUUUGAAGACAUUUCUCCAAUUGAACGAUUCGCUUCGAAGUUAAACUCUUCCUUAUUUAUGUUCACUUCACACAAUAAAAAACGACCUCAUAAUUUGAUAAUGGGUCGUAUAUUCGAGCACACUUUACUAGACAUGGUAGAGUUUGGCAUUGAGAAUUAUAAAGGCCUUAAAGAAUUCAAGGUGCCCAAAAUAUCCACAGGCAUAAAACCUAUGUUGAUUUUCAAUGGAGACAUUUUUGAAAACAAUCACGAAUAUGGAAGGAUUCGGAAUCUUCUGGUUGACAUGUUUCAUAGAGAACCAGCCAAAAAUAUUCGACUAAAGGGACUGGAGCACGUUAUCAGUUUCACAGCUCGAGAUAACAAAAUACUGUUUCGCAGUUUUCGAAUUUUUCUCAAGAAAUCUGGUACACGAAUACCUAGAAUCGAAUUAGAAGAGAUUGGACCACGUGCUGAUUUAUCCGUAAGACGUUCUCGUCUUGCAUCUGACGAUCUAUUUAAACAAUCCUGCAAGAGACCAAAGGAGCUCAAGGUCAAGAAGAAGAAAAAUAUAUCGGAAGAUCCUCUAGGAAAGACACUUGGUCGUGUGCAUAUGGGAGCUCAAAAACUGAACACAAUUCAAACUAGGAAAAUGAAAGGUCUGAGGAAAACCAUGACCGAAAGGAAGCAGGAACGGAAGAGGAAGAGUUUGGACUCUGAAGAAUCAACGACCAAGAAAGUAAAAUCUGUCGAGUAAUUUAAUUUAAACAAAAAUUAGGUUAAUUGUUUAUCCUAGGGUGUUUACAAUUUUAUACAGAUUCUGCACCCUUUUAAUUUUUCACCAGGGACCAUGAGGAAGUAUUCUUUUGAUCCUGAAAUAAUUUUUUUACUAUAAUGGUUAUUCAGUAAUCUUGAGUUCAUGAUUAUGCAAUAGUACAUGAACAUAUAUAAAAAUAUAUAUAGUUAAUAAAGAAAAAAACAUAAAUUUGAAAACUGAGCACAGCAAACUCUUAUUACGUAUGUAUUAUACAUUUUUUCCUUAUAUAAUUUUUUACAUUUUUACCUCAGAUGUUAUUUUUUCUAUUUAAGAAAGUUUUCUUUGCGCAGUCUUCAGAGAUAAUAUAAAAAA